AUGGCGCCAACAGUGCAAACUAAUGAACCUGCUGAACGGGAAAAGCGUCCGCAAAGAACUGGAGAGAGAAGGGCGGAACUGGUUACACGAAUAAAGUACUGCAAUACAUUACCAGAUAUCCCAUUUGAUCUGAAAUUUAUUACAUAUCCGUUUCCAUCAACACGGUUCAUCCAAUACAAUCCUACCUCACUGGAGAAAAAUUAUCGCUACGAAGUACUGACAGAACAUGAUCUGGGUGUUCACAUAGAUUUGAUUAAUCGUGAUAUAUACCAAGGUGACGGUAAUGCAGCUUUAGAUCCAGCCGAUGAGAAAUUGUUAGAAGAUGAUGUGCUUACACCACAAGACUCGAAGCGAUCGAGGCAUCACGCUAAGAGUGUGUCUUGGUUACGACGAUCUGAAUACAUUUCUACAGAACAGACAAGGUUUCAACCCCAAUCUAUGGAGAAGGUUGAAGCAAAAGUUGGUUACAACGUUAAGAAAAUAUUUAGUGAAGAGACCCUAUAUAUGGACAGGGAAAGUCAGAUUAAAGCUAUUGAGAAGACAUUUGAAGAUAACAAGAAACCAAUAGAAAAGCAUUACAGUAAGCCAGGUGUGACUCCAGUUGAAGUUAUGUCAAUAUAUCCUGACUUUGACAUGUGGAAGUAUCCAUGUGCACAGGUUAUAUUUGAUUCUGAUCCAGCACCCACGGACAAGAAUGUGGCAGGACAGAUUGAGGCUAUGUCUCAGGCGAUGAUUCGAGGUGUGAUGGACGAAAGUGGAGAACAGUUUGUGGCUUACUGUCUUCCAACUGAAGACACAAUACAAAAACGAAGACGUGAUAUCACUGAAAGUAUUCCGUAUAUGGAUGGUGACACUUAUGAGUAUAAAAUGGCUAGAGAAUACAACUGGAACGUUAAAAGUAAAGCAUCAAAGGGAUAUGAAGAGAACUACUUCUUGGUGGUUCGCAAAAACUGCAUUUACUACAAUGAGUUGGAGACAAGGGUCCGUCUGUCGAAGCGACGCGCCCGUGCUGGAGCUGCUGCUCAAGCGCUUACUAGAUUGGUGGUUACUCACAGACCACUCAGUGCACCUGAACAUCGUAUGCUUAGACUUAGGGAGAAACAACUGGAACCUGCUCAGGAAGAAGAUGAAGAAGAAGAUGACGAAGAGGAAGAUGAAGAAGAGAGUAAGGAACAGAAUAGAGAAAAAGAACGCUCCAGGUCUCGUUCUAAAUCUGUGUCAAAAUCACCCCAAGGUUCAGAGAAAUCCAACCGUUCACGAUCGGUUUCUCGUGAAAAGUCCAAAUCAAGAUCUAAAUCUAAGAGUAGGUCUCGCUCGCGAUCUGGAUCCCGAAAGUCGAGAUCUAGAUCUGGUUCAGUGCAGUCUGGAACUGGCAGAUCUCGGUCGGGUUCUCGAGCUUCGUCACGCGCUUCCUCACGCUCGUCUGGAAAAGCUUCCAGAGCAAGCUCCAAAGCAAGCGGAAAGGUCUCAAAAGCGUCAUCUCGAGCGAGUUCUCGUGCAUCAUCUCGUGCCAGUAAGAGAUCGUCGCGCGCUUCCUCUAGAGCCUCGUCGAAGGGAUCCAAAGCAUCGUCCAAAGCCAGUUCGAGACGGAACUCAACUGGCUCCGAAAGAUCUAGAAGCCGAUCUGCUAGUGGUUCUAAACAGGGUUCCAGGAGCGCAUCAGCAUCCAGCGCUUCAUCGCGUCAUAGCGGAUCUGACUAA